AUGAUUGAUGUAGUAGAUGACACGUUAACCUUAAAAGUAAAUGAGGAAACUGUCACUUUUAACAUUCUGAAAGCCAUGGAACACUCAAAAGAAAGAGAAGGGUGCAAUCGAAUCGAGAUCUUAGAUGAGAUAGUCAACGAAGAAAUGGAGCAUCAAACACCCAGUUUGCCAUUAGAAAGAUUGUUAUGCCUAUCCCAAGAUGUUGUUAAAGAAAGUAAAGAUCCAAAGGUGAAAAAGGAGGUUCAUUGUGUUGUUUUGAAAAAUGGGUUUUGUGUUAAUUUUUAUGUUGGGACUUCUUUGGUUGAAAUGUUUGUGAGAAGUUUGGUUUCUUGGACUGCUAUUGUUGGGUUUGCUAGGUGUGGGGAUAUGAGUGAGGCCAGGAAGCUUUUUGAUGUUAUGCCUGAUAGAGAUAUUGUUGCUUCUAAUGUUAUGAUUGAUGGGUAUGUGAAAAUGGGGUGUAUGGAUUUGGCGAGGGAUUUGUUUGAUAAGAUGAAGGAUAAGAAUGUUAUUUCUUGGACUAGUAUGGUUCAUGGUUAUUGUGAGGAUGAUGAUGUUGUGGUGGGUAGGUUUAUAUUUGAUUGUAUGCCUGUCAAGAAUGUGCUUAGUUGGAAUGCGAUGAUUAGGGGAUAUUGUGAGAAUAGACGACCGCACAAUGCAUUGAAGUUGUUUUGGGAAAUGAGGGGACGUUUGGAUGUGGAAAUGAAUAAAGUGACGGUUGUGAGUGUUCUUCCUGCUGUUGCUGAUUUGAGUUCUUUGGAUUUGGGUGUUUGGAUUCAUGGGUUUGUGCAAAGGAACCGACUUGAUGAAGAUGUUCAUGUGUAUGCUUUGGUUGAUAUGUAUGCAAAAUGUGGGGAAAUUGGAAAAGCUAAAUUGCUUUUUGAGGAGAUGAAUGAAAAAGAUACAUCGUCGUGGAAUGCUUUGAUAAAUGGUUAUGGUGUCAAUGGUUGUGCGAAGGAAGCGUUAGAAGUAUUCGCAGCAAUGUUACGGGAAGGAUUUGAACCGAAUGAGAUAACAAUGACUAGUGUGUUAUCUGCUUGCAACCAUUGUGGUUUGGUAGAGGAAGGAAGAAGAUGCUUCAAAGAAAUGGAGAGAUUUGGAAUUGUGCCUCAGAUUGAGCAUUAUGGUUGUAUGAUUGACCUUCUAGGAAGGGUUGGAUACUUGGAUGAGGCUGAAAAUAACAAACUCAGCGCAGUACUUGCUUGCACCAUGUGGUCCAUUUGGAAGCAAAGGAACAACAUUAUAUGGCGAAAUGAACAUGACACAAUGGCUGCGGUCUGUAACCGUGGGAUCGUGUUGCUGACAGACCGGAGAACUCAGUGGAUCACACCCAUCCUUGAUCUGGUUUUUGAGCUAAAUUCCAAACGUGUGGUUGAUAGCUUUCAUAGGAACACAAUUGAUGUCUCGGAUUUUGUGGAACUCCGAUACAGUGAAUUUAUGUUGUUUUGUCAUGGGGACUUCAUGGUUGAUAGUUUGACUUGCACAAUUUGGGCAGUGCCGUGA